AUGUCGGCCGAAAAGAGUAACGAUAGUAAAGGCAAAGAGAUCGAUAAAAUCAAACGUCGUCAUAAAACUGACGACACUAUUGCAACAGGGUUAUUAAAUGGUAGUGAAGAUAUAGUGCGUUUUACUAAAAUGGAAGUUCUCAAUGAUCGGACGGGAAAGCCAACAGAACUGCAGCUUCAAGGCAAUUCUCAUUUGAUGUCUAGUACCACUAGUAGUUUGGCGGAUACACCUGGCGAUUCUGGCGUACAGUGUUUAGAUAGUGAUGCCUCUGAAGCGACAAGUCAGGCUCUUAUGUCUCAUAGCUUAAUUGGAACAGAGGAAUUAGCCUGUGACAGUAUUUAUGAUGCAGCACCGUCUGGUUCCCAAGAUAUGAUCAAGAGUACGAGUAGUAGUAUAAUGACGCGAAGUGAUAUCGACAAUCAAAAUACUGGCGCACCUGAUGACAUUGUUCCUGAACUUCUAAUUGAAACGAAUAAGAAGCCCUGCUAUGAAAAUUUACCUGAUGUAGUAUUGAAAGCUUUAGAGUGUGAGAAAGUAUCAACAGAAGAAGUGAAAAAAUCUGCUCUAAGAUCCAGUGAACCCAAAAAAUCACACUCUGAAGAUAUUGUAUAUAGGCGGAGGUGUAGGAAAAAGUCACAAAGUGGACCCAGUUCACAAAAGAAGCGUGUAUCAUUUCAUGAAGAUAUUCUUAAUAAUACCAAAACUGAUAAUAUUCAUAUUGAAAGAGGCUUUAUUUCUUAUGGACCAGACAGUGCAUAUUGUGAUAGAUUCAGACAAAGAAAUAAUGUGAGUGAUAGGUUCUCAUGGUGUGCCUCAGGUGACAGAUCACCAAAAUAUGCUGCAGAUGUUGCACAACAGACAAUGUCAGAUAUUCUUACAUAUGGCGACAGUAAACAGGAUAGAAGUGGAAUAUUUGAAUACUGUCAGGACUUUGGACAAGGCAAUGAUAAUAAUGAAGAUAAUAACAAUAAGGACAAGGAUAAUAAUAAUGAAACUAGACCAAACGGAAAGUUAUAUGGCUGUGAUUCAAAUAGUUCUGAUUCUAAUUUUAGCUGUGACUCGGAGUCGUCAAGCAGUGAAUCUUCAUCUUCAAACUCCCAUAAGACAGAAACUCCAGUUGGGAAUAGAAAAUGUGAUAAAACCCAAAAGUCCUACUCGUGUGAUGAGUUUGAAAAUAAUGCUCAUGUGGCUUUUAUGAGAAAAACCUAUUUUUCUGAGGCUGACAUAGAUCAAACUCAUAAUAGGAGGAAAAAGCCCCUAGAGGUUUCCCAGAGCCCUACUACUGUAAAAUCAGUGUUAAAAAAGAAAAGAUACAUAACAACAAAUGUUGUUGAAGAAAGAAAACAAAACAGUAAAGUGUUGAAUCUAUUAGACGCCAACAACAUUAUUGAUUCAUUGAAAAACUUCUAUAAAAACUUCAAUUUUAAUUUUACACCUGAAAAAGGAUUAUCAGAAACUAGCUUCGAGUUAAAUAGUGUUAUUGAAGCAUUACCUUGUGAUGUCAAUCAAAAUAAGAAACUUUCUAAAAGCUUAGAUUCUGGCUUUCAAAUCGAUGAUGAAGAUGACUUUGUGGAAAUUAAUUUGAACUCACAGUCUUCCGAUUUCGAAAAACCUAAAGACAUACUUACACCUUCCAAAAACCCUGUGAAAAAUGAAAGAACACCAGAGGGUUCUCCCAGGCACAAACUUACCCUAAACAUGCAGGCACAGAGUGACAAAAAAUCUUCUAAUAAGCCCGAAUCUUUACCACCCUUGAGCAAAUAUGUUGUGAACUGUGAAAGUACCGUUUAUGAACACAAGGGAGUGUCCUACAGUUACGUUCAUGACACAUUCCAGACUGCGUUUGAAGCUCCAAAAGAGUCUUUCGUUCCUAUACCAGAAUUUACUCCGGUGAAAGAACUCGUCACGAGCUCUAGUAAAUCUGAAUUAUCUCCAAAACCAGACGGCGACAGCUCUAGCCGAACAUCGACGCCCAAACGGCAAUACAACAAAAACGUACAAGACGAGACGGAACAAAAGAACGGCAUUUCCAAACAUUUGUCGUCGCCGAAGAAGCAGAACGUCAAUAGGUACUACAGCCGCAAAUCGGCAUCGACCGUGCAGAAGAGUGACGAAAACCAGCAGGCGAUUAGCGAUAAUUGCUCUAACACGGAUAACUCGACCUUGAAGGGCGCGGACGAUCUCAAUGAUGAAUUUUUCGACAGUCCGUCAAAUCAGAAGUUGCAAUCUAAUAAAUCCGCUCUGCUGAACAGGUACUUGAAGAACGUCUGCCAAAGGAAGGACCUCGAAUUGAAGAUACGCAAUAACAAGUUCUACCAGACGAAGCUGAGGCUGGAGAAGCAUUUCCCGUGCAUCGUGUACCCUUUCAAGCACGUGUCGGAAACGUUCCGCGCGUCCGCCGAGCGGAUGUCACGCCUCAUCGACAAGGAGGUGAUAGAGAACAAAAGGCUCUCGGUGCGUCUCCUCACGGCCGACGAGCCCUCGUACUUCGACAGCUUCGAAGAUAACGUCGCGAUUGAAUGCAACGAGAAACUAAGAUUGCAAAUUUUCUCACACCCCAAUGAAACUCUUAACAGGAUGAUGAAAGUCCAAUCACCAUACAACAUGGAAGAUGGAUCUUGGACGCCUCUUCUAGUGUUCAUCACGGACUAUGCGCUCUACGUAGCGAGCGUUAAGCCCGGCGGAACUGAGUAUGAUAUGAUAUGCAGAUUACCUCAUAAUGAGCUCGAUGCGAUAGCGGUUGGUCCGGAGGCCCAGUACAUCCAAGUGAUAGAUACAGCUGGCAAUAUCGCGUGCUCCGUUGUAACGGGAGAGGCAUCUUUGGGUGCGAGACUGGCGUCUUCGCUGGAGUGGAGUGCGAGAAACUCUCCGCUGCGGAUCUCGCGUCCUCCCGCUCUGCUGCCGCUUAACUGUCUCCAGCUUGCUUCCGCCGUCACGCGGCAAAGGCAUGAGAAACGGGUUCCGCCUAUCCUCUUCUACGGACGAGCAUGUUCUGGUGACACUGAAGACAGACUAAUGGAAGCUCCCGGGGCCUUCGCCCCGCCGCUCGAGGGCUACCUUAUGUGCAGGACGGAUAAGAGUAAACGAUACGAACCUUGCUACUUCCUAUUGCGAGCUGGUGUCCUACAAUGGGGUCCUCAUUCGCCCGAUGGAUCUCCUUUGCCUAAUAACAUCGCCCUACGGUCUGUAGUCGGUGUGCGACGGCAUAUAGAUUCCUCUAGAAGACCACAUUGCUUUGAGAUCGCACUGAGUGACUCAAGUAGACUAUUGCUAGCAGCUCCAGAUGACCCUACCGCAUCAUCUUGGCUUCAGUCUUUGCUUCUUCAUGCCGCCCAGUCCCUGGAGGAAAAGGAUGUUACGAAGAAAGGGGAUUUACGCUCAGGCCCACCACCAGCGUGUACGGUACUGGUGACACCUUACGAGGUGAUCAGUCUGCGAGAUACACUGGAUUUGGCUUUUGUCGCUGGCGCAGCGGCCUAUUUGAAGGACAGGGGCUCGGAGGCGCUGCUUAAAGAAUACAUAGAAGAGAUGCACGCAGAUAUAGAGAUAUUGGCUUGCGGCUCAAUCAAGAACUUGACUGCGUUUAAAAUACCAGAUACUGACGAGAAUUGGUGUUGCCUGGAAUGGAGUGUCUGCGAAGCCCGCGAGCGAGGUGCCGGUCUAGCACUAGUGUUGGCAAGCAGUAAUGAACUAGAGAGGCUCAUAGCAGCUGUCGAGAAGGCAUAUUGUGACCUAACGUGCGAGCCAUUCCCACUAAGCGUUGUGGAGGCUACAAAGUCUGCGUGCAGCACAGCACAUGCCAAGUACGAGUCUGCAUGGGUGCAUAUGCUGCCGUCGCAUCAGUAA